AUGAAUGAUUGUUCAUUCGUUUUCGAUAUUCUCCCGAUAGAUUCCAAAAUGCUGCAGUUUGUAAAUUCGAACAAAUAUCCGCUAUAUUGCAGUAGACCGACACCGAUUUUGGCGAUUCCAUUCAUUGACAAUAGCACGGUACAGCAUGAAAACGCCAGCUACGUCAGCCUCAGACAAGUGUUUUCGCCUCCGGAAACAGUCGACGAUGAGAUUGGCCUCCCACUUCACCAACCACUCAAAGGACAAAAAGUCUCCUUUAAUCGAUAUCUCGAUCCCUAUCUACAGUAUAGGUAUCCGUAUGGCAGGCGGAAAUAG